GAGUAGUUACUAUAAUUGUCUAUUAGAGUUACUCUAUGUUCCAUGAUAAAUUAACUAUAAAAUACUUUAUCAUGAUUCUAGUCUUCAUGGGAUAAAAUAUAUCAAUUAUCAAUAUCAAGAAAAAUUUUAAUAAAUAUGAUAAAUAUUAAAUAUCGGAGGCCGGAACAGAAUAUUACUGAUUAGCAGGAUCCGCUAUCCUUGACCAGAAUUCAUGUGCUCAAACUUUGAAACAACGUAAAAUAAAUAAUAAAAAUAAAUAUUAAUAAAUAAAAAAGACCGUGAUAGAAUCGAUUAUCGAGGGAGCACAUAAAAAAACCGAACAUAUUGUGUUCAAACCUCAUUUCACUCAUUUCAGACGAUUUUAGCCGUGGUCCUAAUUUUUCAUUAUAGUUGAUUAUUGGACCUUGAACAUUCAGUUUUAACAAUCUUAAUUUUGAUGUAAAAAAAAUCCUGUUGAAGAAAAAGAAUAUUAUUUGUUACCUAUUAACGAUUAAAUAAAAUGGACUCAAUUGAAAAUAAAGGAGCUAAUGGAAAUGCAGGGACUUCAGAGGUUAAAAAAGAAGAAGGUAAUGAAGGUAUGGACGAAAAUGGAGUAAAAUAUAUAAUAUAUGAAGAAAAUAGUGUGGAAAUUGAUGAAAAUGCUGAAGAGUUAGAUUUAAAUCAUCAAAGACUGGAUAAACUUGAAAACUUUGAACACAUGCUCAGCCUUCGUUCUUUAUGUCUUCGUUGGAACCAUAUAAAGACAAUUGAAAACAUUCAAAUGCUUGUUUCGCUUAAUGAACUUGAUUUGUAUGAUAAUCAAAUAACUAAAAUUGAAAAUCUGUCCAGUCUUAUAAACUUAAAAGUGCUUGAUUUAUCGUUUAACCGUAUAAAAGAAAUUGAAGGUCUUGAACAUUUGAUCAAUUUAGAAAAAUUGUAUUUAUCCAGUAAUCGAAUAACUAAAAUUACUAAUGUUAAUCAUUUGUUAAAUCUACAAAUGUUGGAAUUGGGAGAUAACAAAAUUAAGACAAUUGAAAAUAUCGAAUGUCUCACUGGUCUUACAGAAUUAUACUUUGGAAAAAAUAAAGUUGAUAAAAUACAAAAUUUAGACACAUUGAUUAACUUAAAAAUAUUAAGCUUACAAAAUAAUAGUUUGACUAAAAUUGAAAAUCUUAACAAGUUGAUAUCACUGGAUGAAUUGUAUCUAUCUGAAAAUGGAAUCACAGUAAUUGAGAAUCUUGAAGAUAAUAUUAAUCUUGGAACUCUAGAUUUGUCUAUGAAUAAAAUUUCUAAAAUCGAAAAUAUAACUCAUUUACAAAAGUUAACAGAACUUUGGAUCAAUGACAACCAAAUAAAUGAUUGGAAUAGUGUUCAAAUUUUGGAACAUUUGAAGAAACUUGAAACAAUAUACUUGGAACAUAAUCCAUUAAUCAAAGACAGUGCUUAUAGAAGGAAAAUUAAAUUAAUUAUGCCGUGGAUUGCUCAAAUUGAUGCUACAUUGGCUCGAUAAAUUAUCCAAGUUGUUGAAAAGGCUUAUUUAAAUUAAUGAAACUCACUCAUAGCAUUAUACAAUGUUAUUAAUAUUAUAGUUUUUUCUUAGUGUUAAUAAUUAAUUUGUAUAGUGUAAUAAAGAGCAUAUAUGAUUGUGAUUGAAGUAUUAUGUAAGAUUAUAUUAAAUUAUAUAUAAGUAUAUUAUAUUAUAUUAAAUAAAAAUAAGAUUUUCAAAAUAAAUAUUAA